AUGAUAUCGCCAUGCAGCGAGCGUAUGCGUUUUAUUUUCGAGUUACCAAGGUCAAAACUCAACUGAAAUGAUAAAGUCGAACAAACCUAGAUUGUAAUUGUUCAUGUUAAAGUUUUAACGUAUUGAACGCUCCAUGCAGUGACUAUGUUAUAGUAUUGAAGUUUGUGGCGUCAUUGGUGCUUUCUAUAUUAUUGUAAAUCAAAGUCUCUCCAGCUGGUCUAAUAUCUGAGAUCAGUUGAAUAUGGAUAGUUGUGAUAAAAUGUUAUUUUAUAUUGUACUCUUCAUCACUCAUUGCGUCAUUAUGGCAAACUUUCCUAAAGAGUGGUUAGGUCAAUACAGUCGUUAUGAUAAUGAAUUCCAUGUUCUACUGAAUUAUGAAGAUUUACAUUUAUCAGAUUUCACUUCACAAACUACCGGGAAUUUUACAACUUUAGUUUUCUACAAUGGGUCACUUCUAGUAGGCGCCAGAAAUUCAGUUUUUAUCAUGAACACAACGACGGCUAUCGAAAACGUAACGGAGAUAAGUUGGAUACCAUUAAAAUCCCAGCGAAGAAACCUUUGCAUCCAAUCAGGAACUCCUCCGGAUGAAUGUUUUAAUUAUAUCAAAGUCUUGGCAGUUCACAGUAAAAAGAUUUUUUGUUGUGGAACCAAUUCUCACUAUCCAAUUUGCUCUUGGAGAGAGAUGAACACUUUACAAAAGAUAGAAGGGUCUGCAGUCUUUUACAGCAAAGAAUUUGUCAAUGCUAAUCCACAUAUAACAGCAUCUUACAGCUUUUCAGAUGAUGGUCGUUUCUUUUCAUCUGUAACAAUGGGUGCUCAACAAAAUGACAUUCGGAUAACAAACACUGAAUUCAGAAAUUUCCUUCCUAAUAAGAUGCUUUUCACUAAACCUAAUGAUCUUUCUUGGCUAGACGAUUCUAUUUUUUAUCGAAGCUUCACAAUUGGUGUCUACAUUUACUUCUUUUUUGACGAAUUUUGUUAUGACUGUUCCGGAUGUGAUCCAGUUCGUUAUUCAAGAGUGGCCAGAAUUUGCCAGAAUGACUAUGGUGGAAACAAUUUCAUGAAUUGGAACAACUUCGUUACUUUUCAAAAAGCUCGACUUAAUUGCUCUUCUGGAGGAAAAUAUCGAUAUCAUUUUAAUAAUAUGCGUGAUGUUUACUGGGAUGAGCAAAAACAAACUUUUUAUGGUGUGUUUACCAUGAAAAACAGUCAUGAUGAAAAAUUGUCAGCUCUUUGCUCGUAUUCACUAACCCAAAUCGAAAAAGUGUUUUCUGGAGAAGUGAAGUAUCAGAAUGGAGGUUUUUGGAAGAAAAUGAAUUAUCCAGGACACAUCAAAAAGUGUAAAUUUACCUCCAAAUCAAGCUCGAAUUCUCACGUCUCUUCUGAAAAAUUGCGAAUGAGUACUCGUCAGAUGAGCAGGGAAGCUUUAUAUGAUCAAAAUAAAUGUAUUUUGGCCUCAGAUGCCGUUCAACCUAUAACAGGAACAUCACUAUUUUACCUUAGUGGAAUUGAGUUUCUAAAAGUGAUCGUUCUAUCCAUAAAUCUGCCGGUGGAAGCCGUUGAAAUUUGGUACAUCGCUACAGAUCGAGGAACAAUCUUGAAAAGUGGAAAGAUUCCUUCAGCAGAACAGUUUUGUAUUUUUGAAGAAUAUAACAUAUUUUCUAAUGAAAAAAAAAAAUCUCUUCAUAAAAUCAAAGAAAUGGUUCUCGCUCCAGGAAAGGCCUAUAUUAUCAUUGGAUCUGAUUUCAAAUUGAUUCGUUUACCGUUACAAAUUUGUGGCAGAUACAUAAACGAGAGUUAUUGUUUGGGGGCGCAGGAUCCUUUAUGCGGUUGGGAUGUGGCAAGAAACAAAUGUGUUGCUUGGAACGAAACGAAUGAAAAUUCAUGGCGUCAAUCAUUUACGUCUUGUCAAAAUCGCUGGCAACGUCCAGCUCAGUGGUCAUCAUGGUCAGCGUGGUCUGUUCUUAAAAAUAACGAUGGCAAUUUCUGUAAAUACCGCAACAGGAAAUGUAUAUAUUCUCGCAAGUCAUUUGUAUGUGAUGGCGUUGACUAUGAAUUGGCAAAUUGCUCAGUUGAUGCAUCAACUUUAACAAGUCAGGAGCAAUGGUGGUUUCAAGGACCUAUACAUGGUAGUUGGUCUGGAUGGUCUAAUUGGACAGAAUGCCUUCGUGGUUACCAGAAUCGAACAAGAACAUGCUCAAACCCAUCACCUGCAAAUGGAGGAUAUCCUUGUACUGGCUCUGACAUAGAGUUUUUCGGGUGUGAGCCUGCUGUAUGUGAUGAUCCUACAAACGUGAAAAUUAACCAAUCAACUUUCACCUACUGGAGCACGUGGUUUUCUUGCAAUGACACAACCGAGAAAAUACGUAUACGUCAUUCAUGUACACAAAAUGUCACAAAUAAAGAAUGGAUUUGUAAUGGAAAUGACGUUGAUUAUAAAACGAAAGACAGUGUUGCUUCCUCAACUUGUAAUCACUCAAUGUUAGGCGCCACCAUGACGAAAAAAUUGUCCACUGCGAUAUCCACUGUUGCCACAAUUUUAUCUACAAAUCAAAUCAGUUUUAAUCCUAUGCCAAGUAGUGCUUCCUCAACGGAAUCUCUUUCCACAAUACGAUCAUCAGCAGUACGAACAAUCAGCUAUCAAGGAGAGCCAUCCCAUUUUACUGGAAGGAAUGAUGAAUGGUCAGCUUGUGAAUGUAAUCAUAACGUCAUGUUAUUGAACAGAUCACUUGGUAUACAGCACAGAGAAUUUGUCAAUAAAGAUCGUUCUUCAUCAGAAUGUAGAACAUGUCCAUGUCAAGGUCGGCGUCUCACCACUCCACCUAUACUUGAGGUCAGCUUUCCUCGUAGCAAUGAUGAAAAGAUCGGGAAGUAUUCACUAAAAAUUGUUAUAAUUAUUGUAAGUAUUUGUUGUUUAAUGUGCGUACUUACCACAGUCAUGAUAGCCAUUGUUUGGAAUAGAAAAAGAACAAAAAGUAUAAAGCUUAAACACAACGAUGAAAGAAAGAUAGGAAAACGAAGCGACAAAUACAUACCAGUUAAUCAGAAUAAAACAACUUGUGUAUAAUUAUUAGUAUGAGAAGACUUGAGAAUCAUAUAAAUACUUACUCAGUUUUCCAUUUUAUAUAGGUUUGUUUGUAAUUAUUGUAAGGCAUUAUUGAUGGGAAAAUAUGUAUUGUUUUUUUAAAUUACUUGAAAAUAUAGUUGUAUAUAUUUUUUGAAUUUAAUGAAUGAUUUUGAAAGUAUAUGGAACAUUUUUUACCAUUGUUAGGCCUAAAUGAAAUUUGGCAAAACAGAAAAUGUAAUCAUUUUGUGGAUGCGAUAUAAACAAUAUUCGAAAACAGUA